AUGUUCCUUCGGCUCGCUGUGUUGCUUCUAGUUUCUUAUUGCGCGUGCGCAGCGCAAUCCUACGAUGUAAUCGUCGUUGGCUUGGGCUCAUCAGGAGUCACAGCGUCUUCCAUCCUGGCUAAAGCCGGGAGGAAGGUUCUGGGGCUUGAAGCGAUGGACCGAAUCGGAGGAAGAGUCAAGACCGUGUCGUUUGGGGAUGGUGUUAUAGAGGAAGGAGCUGAAUGGAUAGCAGGAACAGAGAACAGUCGCGUUUACGACCUGGCGAUUGAGAACAAUAUCACUGUACUGCCCCAGGACUUUGAUUCCCUUAUAUUCAGGUCGGACGGGAAUCAAACCUACAAUAAGGCGUAUUAUGACCUUUUGAAUCUGGUUAUGGAAAAGUCCAUGGGCGCAUCUGACCCAUCGUUUAAGAGCGAGGGUGAUUAUUUGACAGCCGAAAUACUCUCAUUCAUAAAGAAGAACUACCCUCAUUUGGAGAAUGACAAAGUUUUUAUCGACCAAGUCCUAGACCUGAUGAAUUUCUUAAUCAGCGUUUAUGUGGCGUCGAAUGACUGGCACGAUAUCACGACACAGUCAUCUGAUGAAGGACUUGGUGGCCAUCAGUAUACUAGCUGGCACGUGCAUGGGUAUAAAACAUUCUUCGAAUUGAUGUUGAACACAUACAAAAACGGUCCCGGCCUCCCGAACCUCGAUAUAAAGCUGAGCACGGAGGUGUCCCAAAUAGUUUGGCCCAAAGAUGGGUCCGGGGACGUGAAAGUGAAGUGCGCAGACGGCAGCACUCACACCGCGAAACACGUCAUUGUUACCGUCUCACUGGGUGUGCUAAAGGAACGAUCGAAAUGGUACUCGAACCCAUAUACUCGGGGCAGUUAUACCUUCGAUAAUCUGGACACACCAAAGUACCCAAAAGCCAGGGAAACCCUUGGAUCUCCCCUGCUUGAUGCUAACGGUGUGCCCAGAGUAUUAUUUGCUGGCGAGGCAACGAACCCAGCACAGUUUGGGACCGUACACGGUGCGAGCGAGUCGGGACAUAGGGAAGCUAUGAGGAUAUUAAAUAAAUAA